AGAUUCCUAAUAUAAGUAGAUCAAAGACCAUCUUUCUUUUAGGACUUGGUAAUAUGGAAAAAGUGUAGUAGAGUGUAGAGCUAACAAACUGAAUAUCCGCACAACUCCCCCCACCUACUACGUACACUGAGAUUAAAUUUUAGAUUCACCAAACGUACUUACUCUUCUCUUUUUUUUAUAAAUUCUUCGCAAAAGAGUGUUGCAACUAAACACCAACAAUAAAAACCUUCACAAAUGUCUCAUGUCGAUGUAGCUUUAGAACAUUCCAACAUGUCGAAGCAGCAGCAGCUGGGAAAUGCUUCUGCUCUUCCACACCAAAUGGAGCUCCAAAAAUAUCCUAGGAGAUCUAAGCCUUCUCUCUCUCCUACCCUUGCGGAGCUUCUAAAGCGUGUUGAAGAUUCUCAGAGUGACAAUUCCAUUUAUAGCACUCCUGUUCCCCAUCACGCCCUGGAGCUUGGCUAUGCUUGCAGCUCUAUGCCUCCUUUAAACCCUUUUGUUCUUUCUUUUAAUCAUUUAUCUUACAGCGUUAAAGUUGGUCAAAAAAUGUCAUUUCCAUUUUGUGGAAGCCACUCUUUUGAUUCUUCCGGAGGGGGCAUGAAGGUUUUGUUGAAUGAUAUAUCUGGAGAGGCCAGAGAAGGAGAAAUCAUGGCCGUUCUUGGUGCUAGUGGAUCUGGAAAAUCAACGUUGAUUGAUGCGCUUGCAGACCGGAUUUCGAAAGAAAGCUUAAAAGGGUCUGUGAGUUUGAAUGGUGAGGUCUUGGAGUCGAGGCUUUUGAAAGUGAUAUCUGCUUAUGUCAUGCAAGAUGAUCUUCUAUUUCCAAUGUUAACUGUGGAAGAGACAUUAAUGUUCUCUGCUGAAUUCAGGCUUCCUCGUUCUCUUUCCAAAUCCAAAAAGAAAGCAAGAGUUCAAGCCUUGAUUGAUCAAUUAGGCCUGCGUAAUGCGGCCAAGACUGUGAUAGGAGACGAAGGACAUAGAGGUGUUUCAGGUGGUGAAAGAAGAAGAGUUUCUAUUGGCAUUGACAUAGUUCAUGACCCAAUUCUUUUGUUUCUUGAUGAACCAACUUCGGGACUUGAUUCCACCAGUGCUUUUAUGGUUGUUAAGGUUUUACAACGAAUUGCACAGAGUGGAAGCAUUGUUAUUAUGUCCAUACACCAACCCAGUUACAGAAUCUUGAGCUUACUUGACCGUUUGAUCUUCCUUUCGCAUGGUCAAACAGUCUAUGCUGGCCCACCAGCCGGUGUUCCACAAUUCUUUGCAGAGUUUGGUCAUCCAAUUCCAGAGAAUGAAAACAGAACUGAAUUUGCUCUUGAUUUGAUUCGAGAGCUUGAAGAAAUUCCAGGUGGAACCACAACCUUAGUUGAAUUCAACAGGUCAUGGCAAGCUCAAGCCACGAAGAUUUCAAGAAAUCAAAACUUAAGCAAUUCAUCAAAGGUUUCCCUUAAAGAUGCAAUAAGCGCAAGUGUUUCCAAAGGCAAACUAGUUUCUGGAGCCACAAAUGACUCCACCAACUUGUCAUCUUCAGUUCCAACAUUCGCCAAUCCAUUUUGGAUUGAAAUGUUAGUGAUAGCAAAAAGAUCAAUCAUAAACUCAAGAAGAAUGCCCGAACUGUUUGGAAUUCGCUUCGGUGCUGUUUUCGUUACAGCACUAAUCUUAGCAACCAUUUUUUGGCAUCUCGACAACUCUCCAAGAGGUGCUCAAGAAAGAUUAGGAUUCUUUGCUUUUGCCAUGUCCACCACUUACUACACAUGCGCAGAAUCCAUCCCUGCAUUUUUACAAGAACGUUAUAUUUUCAUGAGAGAAACUGCCUACAAUGCGUACCGCCGAUCUUCCUACGUUCUUGCUCACUCGAUAAUUUCAAUUCCCUCUCUAAUUGUACUCUCUUUUGCUUUUGCUGCUACUACCUACUGGACAGUAGGGCUUGCGGGUGGAGUUUCAGGCUUCUUAUUCUUCUUCUUCACGGUAUUAUCAGCAUUUUGGGCGGGAAGCUCAUUCGUAACCUUCCUUUCAGGCGUUGUUUCUCAUGUAAUGCUUGGUUUCACAAUAGUGGUUGCCAUAUUAGCAUACUUCCUUCUGUUUAGUGGAUUUUUUAUAUCUCGGGAUCGGAUUCCUCCAUACUGGAUAUGGUUUCACUAUCUGUCUCUAGUGAAAUAUCCAUACGAAGGAGCUUUACAAAAUGAAUUCCAGGAUCCGACAAAAUGCUUUGUAAGAGGCGUGCAGAUGUUUGAUAACACGCCAUUAAAUGCAGUGCCACUCCCGCUUAAACUCAAACUGUUGAAGAGCCUGAGCAGCACCCUAGGCAGGAACAUUACAAGCAGCACUUGUAUUGUGACUGGACCAGAUAUUCUGAGGGCACAAGGGAUCACAGAUUUAAGUAAAUGGAGUUGCUUAUGGAUCACUGUUGCUUGGGGUUUUUUCUUCAGGGUCUUGUUUUACUUUACUUUGUUGGUGGGAAGCAAGAACAGGAGAAGGUAAAAAAAAAAAAAAAAAAAAAAAAAAAUU